AUGGAGAACCCGCCGAGUCGCGUCCCUCCAUCGCACAUCGACCCCGAUCGCGUGGCCACCAUGUACGGCGAACUCGGCAAUAAACUGGUUCAACAUGCGAAGCGCACGCAGGCCCUCGCCCAUCUCCCACCCUACCAAACCGAAAUCGUCCGCGCAGUAACUCGCGAAGUCCGCGAUCUCGACCGCGAUGUUACCCGCCUGCUCGAUCCCUUCGAGGGCUCCUUCAAUCCCUCUGCCGACCCAGCCACCGCCUGCGCCCUACUAGUCGACCACCUCUGCAUGCGCCGAAACAAGCGCUGCCUCAUGGCGUACCACCGCGUGCGAACGGAGAAACUAGAGGAACUCUGCUGGACGGGCGUGGAUGUGCUGGAGCAGCAGCAGCCUAGCGAGGGUGGUGAGGACCGGGGUGUCCCGCAGGCGGGCGGCGGACAGCAUAGUUCGUUGAGUCCCGAGGAGGAGGAGUAUUUUCGACAGUAUGGGGAUAUGUUGGCGGCUUAUAAGGGGCAGUGGACGGAUAUUGAUUUGACGGGGACAUUGGAGCCUCCGAAGGAUUUGUUUAUUGAUGUUAGGGUCUUGAAGGAUGCGGGGGAGAUUCAGACGGAGUAUGGCGUGAUCAAUUUGACCAAGAACAGUCAGCUUUAUGUUCGACAGGGGGAUGUCGAGCGGUUGAUUGCGCAAGGCUUCCUGGAGCGAUUGAGCUGA